ACUAGCAAGAAAGCGUACCGGGUGUCUGCUAACCCUUAUCCCUCUCUCCCUCCAAAACUUUCGAAACCCACACGACGCAACAAAUUCACUAUUCUCUUUCUUCCUCUAGGGUUAGGGUUUUUGCUUUCUCUGCUCUUCUCCUCCUUCUAGGGUUUCCCCUCAAAAAAAGCAAAGCAAAAAAAUGGCGAGGUACAGAAGCCGAAGCAGAAGCUACAGCCCUCGCCGCCGUAGCAGAACCCCGCCGCGUGGCCGCAAGCGAUACUACGACGACGAGCCUCGCGAUCGCUACCGUGAAAGCAGGUCGUACAGAGACCAGCGUCGCUCUCCUGCUCCUUCUGGCUUGCUCGUUCGCAAUCUCCCCCUUGACGCUAGGCCUGAAGAUCUGAGGGGUCCAUUCGAGCGGUUUGGUCAGGUGAAGGAUGUGUAUCUUCCGAAGAAUUACUAUACUGGGGAGCCACGAGGCUUUGGAUUUGUGAAGUACCGUUAUGCUGAAGAUGCCUUGGAAGCAAAACAACAACUGAAUCAUACAAUUAUUGGUGGACGGGAGAUAAGAAUUGUGUUUGCUGAAGAGAACAGAAAAACUCCUCAAGAAAUGCGUACAACUACCCGUGUAAGUAGUGAUCGAUAUGGAGGUAGCCGUAGAAGGAGAACUCCACCACGGUCCCCUCGACGUCGAUACCGCUCUGACUCAAGGUCUCCAACUCCAGUUAGGCGUGACUCAAGGGACCAUGUGGCUAGGGAUGAUUAUCGUUCUCCCGUGCGAUCUAGGUCAUUUUCACGAUCACCUCCUCCACGUGAUGAGAGGGAGUACAGGAGGUCCCCAAGUCCAAGAGAAAAUGGUCGGAGUCCCCAAGAUGAGAGGGAUUUUGCACCGAGUAGGUCAUUAAGUCCAAGGGGCAAUAAUCGCAGUCUGUCUCGGUCACGAUCCUACAGUCCUCGCUGAUGGUUGUCGCAUGCUGCUCUCAUGUUGUGUUUUCACUGGUUCAAAGCGAAUUCGGAACAUUAGUUUGGCUAGAAGAAGAAUUAGUUUCGUAUUUGGAAGGGCAUGCACAUUGGUAAUAUUAUGACUGUUGUUAUCCUGUGGUUGUGUUUUGUCAGAUUUAACCCUUUCAUUUGUUAGUCAAAUGGGUGCUUGUAAUUUCUGAAGGAGCAUUAACUCAUUUCUAUGGUUGCUUUGGUUUUUGAAAACCAUUACCUUAUUUGGGGUGCAAAGUAAUUUCCAUUUGACCGUAA